AUGCUAGUGCAUGCUAUAAUAGAACUUCUGCUCCGUGCACAAACAACGCGCCGUCCCGCUCAUCCACCACCUCGACAACGACGACGCGCGCUCCGUGCAUUUCGUCAUCUACGCGCCUUGUUCCCCGCAGAAGAAUCCCCAGUCUCCUACAUCCCAGUGGGAACACUCCGGCUGCUCCCCUACCCAGAUACUCUCCGUCCGCUCCCCCACACCCGCAUUAUUGUCGGAUUGCCGACCGAAGAAAUCCCUCCCUCUUCAAUAUUCUUUUUCCAGCCCUCUCCUACUUAUAGAGUUAAUCCCGCGUCUACUCUGCACGAUGGGGUCGAGCCUUAUGUGCGACUGGGUCGAUUGGCGGUUUUGAAGGAGUAUCGCGGGAGAGGGUAUGCAGAUCUCUUGAUCCAGGCUGCGUUGAAAUGGGCGGGGGAGAAUCCGAGGUUUUCGGAAGAGGCGUUGAGUGAGGAGGAGAAAGGGACGGUGCCGGAGUGGAAGGGAUUAGUGUGUUUGUAUGCGAGGGAUGUAGCGGUGAGGACGUGGGAACGGAAUGGAUUUGUGGUGGAUGAGGGGAUGGUGAAGAGGUUACCAUUCAUACCAGAAGAUUCCGGUUGA